AUGAAGUUACACUAUAAAUUUUCUAAUCUACUUGGUACUGUGUACCACAAGGGUAAUCUUCUUUUUACUCCGGAUAGUAAUGCACUAAUAACGCCGGUUGGAAAUCGAGCAACUGUCAUUGAUCUCAAGAAUGGUCGAUCGGAAACAUUGUCGUUUGAAAGUGAAUUUAAUGUUGUUUGUUCAACUCUCUCAUCGAACGGUGCACUUUUACUUGCUGUUAACGAAACUGGUCGAGGUUAUUUGUAUAAUGUCAAGUGUCGGACAUUGAUCGGUAUUCAUCGUUUUGGACAUGAUGUUCAUGCAGUUAAAUUCAGUCCGGACGCUAAAUCUGUUGCUGUUUGUCGAGGUACUCGAUGUGAAAUAUACACAUGUCCAAGUGUGGAUCGUCAAUUUAAUUUGUUCACAUUAAAAUUUGUACUCCGCUCGUUCCACGAUAAGACAACAUGUAUUGACUGGACAACUGAUUCUCGAGUUGUUGCCGUUGGUAGUGCAGAUAUGACUACUCAAGUAUUUAGUGUGCCUCUCCUCGAUAAAUUGCAUCGUUUUACACUAGCCGGCCAUGGCCGUGAAAUAGUCGGAGCGUUCUUCGAACAAGAUUCAUUGAAUAUCAUCACUAUCUGUAAAAAUGCUAAAGUGAACUAUUGGGUGGUUGAUAUGGAAUUAUCAUCGAUGCAGCCCAUGCCAUAUAUACCAGAUCUUGAAGAUGAAGAUAACGAUGACGAUGCUGAUAAUAUGGAUACGGAAGACGUACCGGCAUCAUCGAAUGGUCGCGAGAAUGCUGAUGAUGACGAGAAUAUCGAUGAAAUGGCUGAACAACAACGUAUUAAACUUGAACGAAAACAAAAACGUUUAGAUGAACAUCUCUUGAAGAAUCCAACAAAAGAUGAUAUGGUUGUUUUCAAGCGAAUGAGUAAAUUUAACUACAAAGAGACGUUUGAAGGUGCUGAUCGGGGUGCUCUACUACUCUGUGCUGAUUAUCACAAAAAGACACAUAUGUUAGUAGCAGGUUUCUCCAAUGGACAUUUCUAUCUUCACGAAAUGCCUGAUUUCAAUCUCAUUCAUUCACUGAGUAUUGGUGAUCAUCAACAAAUGAUCACCUCUGCUUUGUUCAAUCCGUUAGGUGAUUGGAUCGCAUUAGCUUGUUCCAAUCUCGGUCAACUUGUUGUAUGGGAAUGGCAAAGUCAAACAUACGUUUUGAAACAACAAGGACAUUUCAAUAAUAUGACACAACUGGCAUAUUCCCCGGAUGGAAUGCAUAUUGCCAGUGGUGGUGACGACGGAAAAAUCAAACUAUGGAAUACAUCGAAUGGAUUUUGUUUUGUUACUUUUUCUGAACAUUCAUCCACGAUCACUGGACUAGAGUUUGCACCCAAUGGACAGUUUAUUGUUUCAAGUUCAUUGGAUGGAACUGUUCGUGCUUACGAUCUUCUGAGAUAUCGAAAUUUCCGUACUUAUACAUCUCCUACACCAGUUCAGUUUUCGUGUGUAGCCUUAGAUGCUGCCGGUGAAGUCGUGUGUGCCGGUGGUUUCGAUACGUUCAAUAUCUUUGUUUGGUCAAUUAAAACAGGCAAAUUGCUCGACAUUCUCAGUGGACAUGAAGCACCGAUCAGUGCAUUAGCAUUUGGUCGAAAUACCACACAGACAACGUUAGCAAGUUGUUCGUGGGAUAAAACUCUACGAACAUGGAGUCUAUUCGAUAGUCAGGGUUCGAGAGAAACAUUUCUCUUGUCGACAGAUGCAUUAUGUUGUGCGUUUCGACCAGAUGGUCAACAAAUCGCUGUUUCGACAGUCGACGCACAGAUUCUCUUCUUUCAUCCCGAUACUGGUCAACAAACCGCAUCUAUUGAAGGCAAACAUGAUCUAGGCUACGCAAGGAAGGAGACCGAUAAAGUCACAGGAAAAAAACUUACAUUCGGAAGAGCGUACCGAAGUAUAUCGUACACCUUGGAUGGUAAUUAUUUGCUGGCUGGCGGUCGAUCGAAAUACAUUUCAUUGUACAAUAUCCAUGAACAAAUCUUGGUGAAACGUUUUGAGGUGACAUGCAAUAAAAGUUUCGAUGGACUGAAUGAAUAUCUUAAUCGACGAAAAAUGACCGAGUUCGGUAGUUUAGCGUUGAUUGAUAUGGGACAGGAUGAAGAUGAAAAUGGUAAAAAUAUCCGUUUACCAGGUGUACGAAAAGGUGAUCGUAGCAGUCGUCAUUUCAAACCGGAAAUUUUAGUUACCUGCGUUCGAUUUUCACCGACAGGUCGGGCAUGGGCGGCGUGUACUACAGAAGGUUUACUGAUUUAUUCGAUUGAUAAUACUGCCAUGUUUGAUCCAAUUGAUUUAAAUGAAACGAUUACUCCAUUGAGUAUUCGACAGACAUUGUACGAUAAAAAUGAUUCAUAUUUAGCACUACUCAUGGCACUUAAAUUGAAUGAAAAGUCGUUAAUUGUUGAAAUUAUCGAAAAUAUCGAUGCAAGCAAAAUUGAGCAUAUAUGUCAAUCUCUUCCAUUGUUAUAUGUUGAAUUGCUACUAAAUUUUAUUGGUGAACAAAUUCAACAUUCCCGUCAUUUUGCUUUCUAUCUCUCAUGGAUUUACAACAUUCUGAUGAAUCAUACCAAUAAUCUAAAACCAAAUUCAACGAAAAUCCUAAACACAUUAUGCAAUUUGGAGAAAAAUCUCACGUUAAAACAUGAUAGUUUAGGAAAAAUUGUUGAAAACAAUGUCUUCACAAUCGAUUAUUUGUCAACUAUCGCAUCGAUAUUCAAACCCGAUAAUAUGGAAACAUCGUCCAUACCCGGAACAAAACGAAAAUCAGAUCGUAAUACUACUUCUAUUUCCGAGGAAUAA